UGCUCUUUGCUUCCUCUCGUCUUCACAUUUUGAUGCUUUGGAAGUUUUUGCAGUUUGUACGACAAAAUUCAACGAUAAUGUCAAAACCACGAGUAUUUUUCGACAUGACUGUUGGCGGCAAACCUGUCGGCCGUAUUGUAAUGGAGGUCUGUACCAAUCUAUUCAAAUUUGAAGCUGUUCUUUGCGGCAAUUUGUGCUCGCGGUUUGAAGAUUUAUAUUUGCGACUGAAUUUAUGUUUUUUCUAUUUCGUUUAUAUAGUUGAGGGCCGAUGUUGUGCCGAAAACUGCAGGUUUGUACCUAGGUCCUAGUUAUUUUCAGUCAACUGUUUUUAGUUUUGUGCAUGAAAUGUCAAAUUUGUACCGUUGUACAAUUUGCUGUACACAUUUUUUAACGGGUAGCGAAUAUUUCCGGGGGAUGCGGUACUAGCCACUAGCCAGGUAGUUAAUAAGUUUAAUAUCGUCCUUGUUUGUGUGUGUGACUGUAGCAAAUCAAUACAAGAUCGAACUAUCAAAGAGCUUUUAGGUGCUAUCCAUAACACCAGAAUCCAAUCUCGCUCAAAAAUUUGGUGCAAAGAUUUUACUAGUUCUGGUUACCAGGUUGGAAUCCGUAAAAAAUUUAUGCCAGAGGUUUAUACACCAAGUGGACACCGCCUAAUUACGCCACAUUCGGAAAUAUACUACGAUUUUUAAUGCAAACGGAAAUGGCCGCAAAAUAUCACCUGACCAGUCAUCAGCCAAGAACUUAAAUCCAAGUCCGUUGAAGAGUACCAUAUCAAAUAAAUAUCCAAAAAGCUCAAGACCUUAAAAUAUUACCUGGUACCUGUAAAUAUAAUUUUUUCCCAAGUAUCAAGAUGUGUAACUAAAUAAUUUGGUAUUAUUUUUCAUCAGAAGAUUCUUCAAUAUUUCAUAAUCUACAAAUUUUACUGCGUUUUACUCCCCGCCCAUGAUCAUUCGUUUUGCACCUCACAGCCGCCGAUGGCAUAAAAUAUCAAAUGUAACAUUUUAAGCCGGAGAUAUCCAGCGUAACACCUACUGAUUCCAACCUCAUGUGGUUACUGUUCCGAUGUCGUAAAUUGCCUCCAAUAGUGUCUAUGACAAUUUACAAAUCUCAACUCGCAGUUUUUACUUUGCAAAUCUCAUUAUUAUUAUUAAUUAUUAAUCAUUAUAUUUCGUUCUCUAUAAACAUGCCAACUCGCAUGCUUGCACUAGUCACCCAAAAACAUGUUGUUUAUUUCACCGCUGUCAAGUGUACACGCACGCCUAUAUUUUGAAAAACUAUUACCGAUAUAUUUCUCUUCCACAGAAAACUUCCGAGCACUUUGCACUGGUGAAAAAGGUUAUGGCUACAAGGGUUCGACAUUCCAUCGUGUAAUUCCGGGCUUCAUGUGUCAGGUAGUGAAUCGAAAUUUUUUUAUAAUUGACAAAACCUAAUCAUAUAACUUGAGACAAACUCAAAUCGGGAUGGAAAUCAAAAUUGUAAGUUUGUUCACAUGAGACCCCUAUGAAAAUCCCUUUGGAUUCACGUGAAUAAUACUUGGAAAAUGCCCUUGGACUUGUGUGAAUAAUACUAUGACCUAAAUGAAAUGUCUCGUUUUACUCUAAUUUGAAAAUAUUUUAGGGUGGUGAUUUCACUAAACAUAAUGGAACUGGUGGCAAGUCUAUCUAUGGCGAAAAGUUUGCCGAUGAAAACUUCUCAUUGAAGCACACAUGUGAAGGUAAAAUAAUAAAACAGUUGUUCUUUUAUACAUAGAUGUUGGGGAAGGGGGUUGAAUAUGGCUGAAAUUCCUUAAUACAAAACAUUUUGUUGUCAUACCAGCUUUUCUACAAUUUGACAUUCACAGCACUAACCAUGCAGCGACUUCUCUACACAAUGAAUUUAUAACUUUGAAUAGACAAAAAAGAUUGAAUUAAGCAUUCUGGUAGCCAUGGAUUUCUUGUAGCCAUGAACAAGGUGGAAAUCGCGACCGUAUGAUGAAAUUUUCAUUCAGGGUUCUGUGGCGCAGUUGUCAGAGUGUCUCCUUUCACCUUGGAGAUCGAUUGAGGGUUCGAUUCUAGCCUCGGACUUGUGUGAAAAGAGUGUCAACGCUUUGCCAAAAGUCACGGGUUUUCUCCCGGUGCUCCGGUUUCCUCCCACAGGGAAAGUUGACAGGGUGGGUUGGGAUAAACACAGUUAAGAAAGUAACCACAAUUGUUGUAAAGAUAAAUAGUCUAAGCUAAGUAAGUAACAUAAGUAAGUGUAAUAUUUGAUGUCAUCAGUCACUGAAAAGCCCCAAUGGGGAGUGAGCUGAAUAAUAAUAAUAAUAAAAUCAUUAGCUAAGUCUGUUCUUUCUGCAUUUUUUCUGUGACAAGCAACUAAAUUGUGUACAUAGAUUUUGUUUUGUGCACAACAUCUCACAAAUCAAUCUCAUUCAGCAGACCCAAAAUGUUGCCGGGCCCAGUGUGGAUUAUAAUGGUCGGCAGUCUGCUAUUUGCCAAACAAAAACACUGAAUGGCCGAUCAAUUUCAUUCUGCACGGACAUUUUGACUGAUCAAAUAAAAUAGACAAUGUUCAUUUUAAUUGAAAGUAGCUUAUGUAAAAAGUAUGGUUUGAAAAGCAUACUAUACCUAGUGGUGUACCAUGCAAUCAAUAGAUAUUUGGAUGAAAAAAGCAUUCAGAGGAAACAUUGUCAUCGACCUUCUCUUUUAGCAAAUACUCUCUCAAGUGACAGAAUCUCAAUAGUAAGUCUAUAGCGUUUCCAAUACUCACUACUUACAAAAAGAUGUUUUAUUUUUUCGUAAAAAUGGUUGAAAUAGUUGGCCGACCAUUCUUUUUCAAUGUCCGAGCAACAGCCUUGUUGAUUGGACAUUUGUCAGACCUAAGCAAAAACGUUAUAAUCCACACUGGCCGGGCCGGUCUAUAUGACUUGCAUCAUACAAAUCUGGCCAGUCAUAAUUCAUGCAUGAAACCAUGCAAUGGCGGAUUUUCAUUUUCUUAAAAGGAGAGGUGGAGAAAUUUCUAGUGUGGUGCAAGCGGCACCACUGAGCGAGCUUUGGCAGGGGUUGGGUGUUAGGGU